UUCCACGGAGCUCUAAAGCUGCGCAAAGAACAAUAACACCGACCUCAGCUGUCAGUCUGUGAAUGUGCUCGCAUUGCCUUAUCACCACUUGUGUUGCUUCUCUCUAAUGAAAUCCAAACAAAACGCGGAGUGACUUCAGAGCGCGCAGACCGGUGCGAGAAAGAUUUGGCACAAGUGUCCAAAUGGGUCUCGUCGCAAUGGGAUUCGAGUUGAAGAACACGUAAGAAGUCACCCUGAUUCAACCCGUUGUUGAGGUGACUGGGAACUUGACAAGACGUUUUUUUUCCACCGCUGGGAUGUUGUGAACAGACACCGUCGCCUGGGACAGAAGGAGCAGCAGGACGAGAGAGGGGAACCAGGGCUGGACGAGCACCGGAGGGAUUAUGGCUCUCGCAACGUUUUCUCUCAGCCUCAUCACGCUGGCGCUUACAAACUUACACCUGUCGAGAGCCAGCGACCGGCAUGCGGUGUACUGGAACAGCUCAAACCUACAGCUUCGGAGGGAGGGAUUCACGGUGCAGGUCAGCGUCAAUGACUACCUGGACAUCUACUGCCCGCACUACAACACCAGCCAGCGUGGGACGUUAGAGCGCACCGUGGCCGAGCAGUACAUCCUCUACAUGGUCAGCUACCGCGGCUACCGCACCUGCGACCCCCAGCUGGGCUUCAAGCGCUGGGAGUGCAACCGGCCCCACGCGCCUCACGCUCCCAUCAAGUUCUCUGAGAAGUUCCAGCGUUACAGCGCCUUCUCGCUGGGCUACGAGUUCAACGUGGGCCAGGAGUACUACUACAUCUCCACGCCCACCCACCACCACGGCCACAGCUGCCUGAGACUGAGGGUCUACGUCUGCUGCUCCACCGUUUCCCAGGCAGAUGAUGACUCCAGUCAGACCUCUCCCGACUACACAGUCAGGCCAAACAUCAAAAUACACAACAUUGAUGAGUUUAACCCCGAAGUUCCCAAACUGGAGAAAAGCGUCAGUGGCAGCAGCCCAUCACGUGACCGCCUUCUUCUCACCGUGGCGAUGCUGCUCGUGUCCGCCGUCCUUUUGUCCUAG